AUGGGCGACAAAUAUGAAAAGCAGACAAAACCGAUAGUGUCUGUAAUAUCCGGCGGCAUUGCUGGCGGCGUGGAAGCUUCAGUAACAUAUCCCUUCGAGUUCGCCAAAACCAGAGCUCAAUUACACGUCCGGAAAGCAGGAGUACCAUAUCCGAGAAACCCUUUUGCUGUGGUGUUUCAAGUGUACAGUCAAGAGGGACUACGUGCGCUGUACAAAGGUUGUGGAGCUUUGGUGGUUGGCUCUGUCGGUAAAGAUGCAGUCAGAUUCUUAUCGUUCGAUACUGUCAAGAAUGCCUUCAAAGAUCCUGAGACUGGGACUCUGUCGCCAGUGAGGAACAUGCUGGCUGGAAUGGCUGCUGGUGUUGUUGCCAGUGCCACCGCAGUCACACCCACAGAAAGAAUCAAAACCGCUCUGAUCGACGACGCCCGAGGACCUAGACAAUUCACAUCCACCAUGCACGCCGUCAGAACAAUCCUAGCCGAAGACGGCUUCAAAGGCCUGUACCGCGGCUUCGCAGGAACAACCCUAAAACAAGCCUCAGCAACAAGUUUCCGCAUGGGCACCUACAAUAUCCUCAAGGACUAUGAGAAGAACCACCACAUUGAGCAAAACACAAUCACAAACUUUGCGAAUGGUGCUGUUGCGGGUACGACUACCACGUUGGCGACACAGCCUUUUGAUGUUAUCAAGACUAGGUCGCAGACUGCAAAGGCAACAACAACGGUGGAAGCUAUCGCGGGUAUCUGGAAGGAUGAUGGUAUUCGUGCUUUUUGGAGGGGUACGGUUAUGAGAUUGGGUCGUACUGUGCUAGCUGGAGGAGUGUUGUUCACGACGGCCGAGGCUGUCGCGAAAAUCAUCAAUCCGAUUUUUGAUCGAUAA